AUGGCUCCAGCUUUAUUUUCCUCAACACAUUGCUUAUCACCAUACGGUGGCGCUUUACAUGAAAAACCUACAAAUUUAUCAACUCCCACUCAACAGCAAAAAAUGUUUAAACGUUCGAAUACGAACCUUACAACAAUGAAAAUGAAAUCCGAAGAAAACAUCUCUGUGAAAGAUACUCCUAGUAAACCUCUUGUGACAGCAUCUGAAGACAAAUGUAUGAUAAAAUCAUCAAAAACACAACCUUCUUCUAACUUUCGUCAACGUUCUAUUAAUUGGACAAAAAAUAAUAUAAUAACUCCCGCUUUAAGCUCUACUUCGUUAAAAAAAUCUAUUUCCCCACAAAAUGUUAAACAAGCAAAUACUUUUGAUGAAAUAUUAAGUACUACACAUAGAACUGAGAGAGAAGUUAAGGCAUCUUUGUCUAAAUUGAGAAGAAUGAUUCUUGAUUAUGGAUUACCUGAUGAGAACCUACCAAAAUUGGAUCCUUCGGUUCAAAAUCUAAUAAGACCAACGUCUCUUCGUUCAAGGGUAUGGAAACACUUUCUUGGAGUCUAUCACGUAUCCGCUCAUGAAUAUGUUCAACUUAUACAAAAGAAGGAAUCUUGCGUGUAUGAUAAAAUCCGUAAUGAUACUUUCAGGACAUUAGCCACUGAUGAGAAAUUUUUAAAACGAGUUAAUGAAGACAUGUUGAUUCGCGUUUUAAAUGCUCUUGUAUGGAAGAUGAACUGCUUUUCAACAAAUGGAAAUCAACAAAUUACUUACGUUCAAGGAAUGAAUGUACUUGCUGCCCCAUUCUUAUUUACCAUGUCAGAAAUCGACGCGUUCUUUUCUUUUGCAACAUUUAUUCAGACUUGCUGCCCUUUAUAUGUAACCCCUACUUUACAAGGAGUUCAUUGUGGAUUAAAGAACCUUACUGCGGAAAUAUAUGCAUUAUCAUCUGUACUUACACUUUGCGCCUGUACUCCACCUCUCGAACAAGUAUUAAAAUUAUGGGAUUUCUUGCUUGCUUAUGGAAUUCAUUUGAAUAUUUUAUGCGUUAUUGCACAGCUUAUUUUGAUGAGGGAUCAAUUAUUGGAAGCGCCGAGUCCGAUGAAACUUUUGAGAACUAUGCCAGAAUUAGAUGCCAAACCUGUUAUAAAUUUGACGGUACGACUUGUUCAACAGAUUCCUGAUAAAUUAUACGAUUUGCUUGUUAGACAUCCAUAUGAUCCUUCCGUUGAAAGCUCUCUUUGA